UCUCAUUUGUCACUUGAGAAAUGGAGAGGGGACACGCAUUGUUGGUUACAAGACUUGAACUUCUUCUACUUAUUCUUGUAACGGUCACAACAUGCGAGUGUCACAUCCAUGGCUCGCGGGCCAACCAAGCGGAAACGCUUAUGGCAUUCCGUCGUUCAAGAAACCGGGCCCAAGUUAAUAUAGUUAAUGAUGAGGAAAAGAUGAGUGAAAUGGGCUUCAGUGAGAUGAAAACUGACAAUGGUGGGAGGAAAAUGGAAGAUGAUUACAUACAUGGAGGGCUUCCGGGGCAGCCAUUAUCGAAAGAGUCGAAAUUCAAACAAUAUUCGGGAUAUAUCAAUGUUGAUAGCUUGAAUGGUAGAAGCCUUUUCUACUAUUUUGUUGAAGCUCUUGAUGAACCAUCUUCUAAACCACUUGUGCUUUGGCUUAAUGGAGGACCCGGUUGUUCCUCUCUCGGGGUUGGUGCAAUGCUCGAGAUUGGACCGUUUGGUGUUAACCCUGAUGGCAAAACACUUUAUUCACGAAGAUUCUCAUGGAACAAAGUCGCGAAUAUAUUAUUCUUGGAAUCACCGGCGGGAGUUGGAUUCUCUUACUCCAACACAAGCACUGAUUAUGACUUGUCAGGGGAUAAAAGGACUGCCGAGGACUCAUACGCUUUCUUGGUGAAUUGGUUCAUACGAUUCCCGCGUUACAAGAAUCACGACUUGUUCAUAAUAGGUGAAAGCUAUGCAGGAUUUUAUAUCCCAGAGCUAGCUGAUGUGAUUACCAAGAAAAACAUGAAGGGUCACUCUAGUUCAAUCAUUAACCUCAAGGGUAUUAUGAUUGGCAAUGGAAUAAUGAAUGAGGACACGGAUAACAAAGGGUUCAAUGAUUAUCUAUGGAGCCAUGCCUUAAUUUCAGAUGAAAUUUAUACCAAAUUAAGUCAAAACUGCAGUAGUAACGCCGUUAACAGCGACUACUGCAACAGCUUAGAGGAAGAACUCGGAGAAGACAUUGGGGAUAUUGAUUUCUACAACAUCUACGGCCCAACUUGCACGCCAUUGCCUGCUGGAUUAACGACUAGGAGGAAGCGCCACAGUGUAGUUGAUCCAUGUGAAGGAGAAUACGUCGAAAAAUAUCUCAAUCUUGCCGAUGUUCAAAACGCUUUCCAUGCUAACAUCACCAAGUUAUCUUAUCCAUGGUCGACUUGCAGCAAACUCAUUGCCAAGUGGAAGGAUAGCCCGUCAACUAUGUUUCCGAUAUACAAAAGGCUAAUUGCUUCGGGUCUUCGAAUACUUCUUUAUAGCGGAGAUGUGGACGCGGUUGUUCCAGUCUCGGGCACACGAUAUUCUAUCGAUGCCAUGAAUCUUAAAGUGGUCAAACCAUGGCGAUUCUGGACAGACUCUACCAAACAAGUAGCGGGGUACAAGGUAGUUUAUGAUGGUUUAACGUUUGCUACAGUUCGAGGCGCGGGUCAUGAGGUACCUCGUUUUCAACCACGUCAAGCCUUUGCUUUGUUAAAGAUGUUCUUGGCAAAUCGCGACUAAAAUAGUUCUUGGCAAAUCGCGACUAAAAACAAUCAUCAUGAACGAACAAGUAAUAGAUUUUUUUACUGUUGCAAAUUCAAUGUUUCAAUCCAUGAACUAAAGCUAUUUAUUGUUUUGAAGUAAAAGUAAAGCAUCAAUAGGGCACUCUUGUUAUUGUAACCAAAUAAUUACAAGGGAGACUACUUUUUUUUUUUU